AAGACAUCGAGGUUGUUUUUUGAAGAAGAAAAAGAAGAGGAAGCGAAAGAACAAGAAGAAGAAGACGGAGAAAAGAUUCUUGACGUCUACUCGAGAAAACACAUGUGCUUUUCCUUCUAAUCGAUUUUUCCCUUUCAACUCCUCGCCUACAUCCUUCCAACUCUCUCGGUUGGCUUGUUCCAUGACGUCACGAGGAGCAAGCCAAUCGAUCGUCCGACGACAUUCUACCGAGGGAAUUCUAAAAGGUGCUUGCUAAUUGAUAAGAUAUACUUUAGAUCGUUCGAUCCUUAUCUUAGUUAGAUCUUUCAAUGUGAAAAGUUGAAUGAUCGAUAAAUAACAAAUACAAAUUUAUAUAUAUGAUUUAAUCGAAGUGUUGUAAAGAUUGUGAAAUGUUCAAGGUCGAGUCAAAAAUGUUUCCUGAACCUACAUCAACAAAGAUGAUAUCGCCGCAAGGCGAUAAAAGUAAAGAGCGCGUGCCUCGUUCCUGGUGACAUGUGCGCGCACGCGUCUCUCUCUCUCUCUCUCUCUUUCUCUCCUCUCUCUCGUUCUCUCUUUCUUCAUGACGCGUUUGGCCUCGUAUGACGUAAUCCAGAGGUGUAAGCGCAACGAAAAGACUAGUACGCCGUCGAGGAUAGCGCGAGCGUCGAUGAAUACUACGGGAUGCCCUAGUUUCAGAUUUCCAAGUGAUUCUCCUUCCUUCCUUACAUUUAGUUGCUUCGCAAUCAUCUUUAGAAACUUCUCGAACGUUUAUCAAUCUUCUUUUGUCUGUUAAAAGCUUCAGACAAUCGUGAGAAUCCUUCUGUUAAGUGACAUCGUGAUCGUCUCGUGAUUAUCACGUGACGUGACGAGAGUGACCAAAAAAAGGGGUUCAAAGUUCGCCUCUAAUUUGUCUGUGAUUGACGAAUAUAGAAUUUGUUUUGAUAUCUCUUCGCUGAUGAUCUUACAACUACACAUGGAUGAUUGUAUGCAGCUUGCUGAUGAAAUUGAUAUUGAAAAAAGAUAACGACGUGGGCUCAACGCUACGGCCGAUUUACCGGUAGGCUUUGACCGUGUUAAAGUCCCUCUUCUCAUUCUCACUCGUAACGAGAACCGUUGCUUUCAAAUAUCUACGAGAGUUUGGGGUUAUGACCGGCGAAGGCUCAGUAAACGACAAUGUCUUUGACAUGGAGGUAAAUGGAUCUUCGAGACUCACUCCUGUCGCCGCAGAGCAACGAUCGGCUACAGCUCCUUCCCCUACCGGUUAUCGAGACUACAAACCACCAGCCGAGGUCUUGAGUAACAGCUAUAGCACGACAUUUCACACGAGCGGUGGCUUCGAUAGCGCGAGAGCCAACUUCAAGCGGGACCAAGAGAAGGAGGAGGAUUUUGCGCAUAAGACAAUUCUCCUUGGCGACAGCGGCGUAGGUAAAACAUCAUUACUAGUUCAGUUCGACACCGGAAAUUUUCAACCAGGAAAUUUUGCAGCUACCGUUGGUAUUGGCUUCACGGUUAUGCUAUUGGGCGACAGUGGAGUCGGGAAGACCUGCCUACUCACUCGAUUUCGCGAUGGUCGUUUCUUAUUUGGAAACUACAUAACUACCGUCGGCAUUGACUUCAGGAACAAGAUCGUCACCGUCGAUGAAACAAGAGUGAAAUUGCAGAUUUGGGAUACCGCCGGGCAGGAAAGAUUUCGUAGCGUAACUCAUGCGUAUUACAGAGACGCUCAUGCUCUUCUAUUGCUGUACGACGUAACGAACAAGACGAGCUUUGAUAACAUCAGAGCCUGGCUCAGCGAGAUCCGGGAACAUGCCAAUGAGGACGUCGUUAUCAUGUUGCUCGGCAACAAAUCGGAUUGUGGACAGGAACGAGUGGUCAAGAAAGAAGACGGCGAGCGAUUGGCGCAAGAGUACAAAGUUCCUUUCAUGGAAACCUCCGCCAAGACCGGACUCAACGUCGAAUUGGCAUUUCUCGCAGUAGCUAGAGAAUUGAAAGCUAGAAAGAGCAGUGAUCCAGACGAUACGAAAUUCAAUGUACAGGAUUAUGUGCGUCAACAAUCCAAACGAAAUUCUUGCUUCAACUCUAAUUGUUUGACAACCUGAACUUGAUUGCGGCAUGAUUAUAGUCCCUCGCUCGUAAAUCUUUUUAACCGUUUGGAUUGGCGGAACGAUGGAAUGGGAACCGGAACUGGUUGGCCGUCGAAUUGUGAUAUGCUAUUUUCAUUAAUUCGAACACGACGGACUGUCAGCAUGUAAAGAAGUAAUGAGAUUUAUUUUGAUUGCUAUUUAGUUCGUACAUUAAAAAAAAAAAAAAAAAAAAAAAAAAAAGAAAAAAAAUAAAAAAGGAAGAAAAAAGUAAAAAAUGACGAUGGAUCUCGUCAAAAUUCAUAGUUUGGAAUUUAUAUGUAGAUUAGAUCGAGAUAAGAUAAUCAAACAAAAUCACUACGAGCUAAAAUCUAGUUUUUUUUUUCUGCAAAAAACAAAGAUAACAAUUUAUAAGGAAUCCCCGACUUGACACAAUUCGUUGAGAAAAUUGUGAUAUAAUAGAAAAUAUUGUCGUUAAUGGCACAAAGUAAUUAGCAAUAGGAAAAAGAAAUGAACCAAUUGUAUUCGUUUUGUUAAAUAUUGUUUUUUCGAUCGAUGAUCAUCGAUUUGAAGAUAAUCUAAUAUUUAUGAAGAAAUUACGCUAACAUGAAAAUUUGUAGAAAUUAUCUGCAAUUUGGAGACGUCGUACGUUGGCCACACGAAUUAGUAGAAACACAUAGAAUGUAGUAUACUUUUUGAAAAAUUUCGAUGCAUUUAUGGUCCAAAUAGAUAACAGAACGAUUAAUGAGCUCAUAAUCUCAUUUUUCAAUAACAAAUUUUUGAUACCACCUUAGAUAUUAUUUUUUCAAAUCCUAGUGAUUUCUAAACACGGACAUUUGCUCAAAUGAUUAAUAUAGACGAUGAUUAAGGCAUGGUUUUUUAAAUAUGCUUUUUAACAAGCCAAAUGUACGAAUAAUUUAAUCGAUCUCGUUUUUACUAAUUAUAUGAUAAAUCCAUCGUUGAAUACGAGCGUGUUGUAUCUGGACAAAUGAAAUGUGCAUCAUAUAUGUUACAUAAGGUGUACAUAUAAAAUGUAAAUGUACAAGGUGUAUGUUGAACGUAUACAAAGGAUAACAAACAAUGUAUGAUAAUGAAAGAUCGAAGAAUAAAAACUGAUCGCAAAAUUACAAA